GAUUCUCUUCGAUAAACGUUUGUUCGUCGAGGUUUCGCAUAUGUAUCGCCAUACAUAGUUCUAAUUCCAUGAAAAAUACAUACAUUUACGAGGAAAUAGUUAGGCUAUUUUGAGAAAUUACAAAAAAAAAAAUCCGAAUAUUGCUUUUAUUUGGUUUAGAGCGAUAUUAUUUAAUGAUUAAACCGAUCGAGUAAACCGAUAUCCAUGGAGGCUACGAAUCCUCUCCUCGAAUGAAUUUCGAUGUUAUCUUCGGAAGUGUUAGGCUCCCAAAUAUAUUAGUAAUGUAUGGCCGGAAUGCAAGGUCACACAUUCGCUUCGCAACCUUUCACUUUUCACUCUCGCUCGAAGCCAAAUAGUAUUUGUAAUUUUCGUAAAAUUCACGAAAUCAGUUGUAAUCGAUCGGUAAUCAGCCAUAGUGAAAUUUGUAAACAUCGUGUGGCUACGAAAGGUUACAGUUUACAUUGUUAACAGUCUCGACGUUUGCGAUCGAGACUCUCUGAGCGAGAAACGAUGAUAUUUUACGAUCGUCGAGAAGCCUUCGUAAAAGUAAAAUAUGCUGGAAAGGAAAAGGAGAAUCGACAGAGCGGCCGGACGAGUGAGAGGGGCCGAUAAGAGAAAUCGAAUCAAACGUGCUACGUGGAAUCGUGAAAGUGAAGGUAUACCCCGCUCUACCUAUGAAUUGGGUUAGGUUGCGAGCCACGACAGGAUACCUGUUGCUCGACACGUUUUAAAUAUAUUCUCGCCGAUGUUCGACUAGAACGGCGACACUGACAUAUAUCGUGAGACUGGUUUAUAACAUUGAUGAUAACGGUGGUACGAUAACGGGAUACGCUGAUCGUUGGCAGUGCUCUCGCGAUUGUCAAACAGGAAACAUACGGAUAUGGAGCAACUUCGUACAAGUCUUGCCGACUGCGGCCAGGAACAUCUGUUACGAUUCUGGGAUCAACUGUCAGAGGAGGAGAAAAAUGAGCUCCGAAAUGAUUUGCUCGAAUUAAAUCUCCCAGAAGUGACAUCUUACUACCGGAAGACGGCAUAUGCUUCUUCUACUACCCAUAUGGAUACGCUAGAUAACAAAGUAUCUCCUAUUCCUAAAGAGAGUAUCGCAUCACUCAACUCCACGAACAAGGAUCAACUGAGAAUAUACGAGAAAUUGGGAUUGCAAGAAGUAGCAGAUAGUAAGGUAGCAGUGUUAUUGAUGGCUGGAGGCCAAGGUACUCGACUGGGUGUGUCUUAUCCUAAGGGCAUGUAUAACGUUGGUUUACCUUCUGGUAAAACGCUUUUUCAAUUACAAGCGGAAAGGAUACUUCGUUUGCAAAAUAUGGCAGAGAAGGAAUAUGGAAAACGAGGAGAAAUAACUUGGUACAUAUUAACGAGUGAAGCUACUCAUGAUACGACUCUUGCCUUCCUCUCCAAACACAAUUAUUUUAAUUUAAAAAAAGACAAUGUCAUAGCCUUUAAACAAAGUAUGUUACCGUGCUUCACGCUCGAAGGUAAAAUUAUUUUAGAUGAGAAACACAAAAUUUCUAAAGCACCAGAUGGAAAUGGAGGAUUGUACAGAGCUAUCAAGGUUCAAGGAAUAUUGGACGACAUGAGACAACGCGGUAUUCGUAGUGUCCAUGCUCAUUCCGUUGAUAACAUCUUAAUAAAAGUAGCAGAUCCUAUUUUCCUAGGAUAUUGCUUAUCUUCGUCUACCGAUUGCGGAGUUAAAGUCAUAGAAAAGUCAUCGCCGAAUGAACCAGUAGGAGUCGUGUGUAAAGUCGAGGACACUUAUCGAGUCGUCGAGUAUAGCGAAAUUUCAAAAGAUACAGCAGAAUUACGUGACGGCGAUGGACAGCUCGUGUACAAUGCAGCAAAUAUAUGUAAUCACUACUUCACCGUAGAUUUUCUAUGCACUAUUGGUAACGAGUAUGAAACAGAAAUGGAACUGCACGCUGCUAAAAAGAAAAUUCCGUACAUCGACGCGGAUGGAUGUAGACGGAUACCUGUAUCUCCGAAUGGUAUUAAGAUAGAGAAGUUCGUAUUCGAUGUAUUCAAGUUCGCCAAACGGUUGGCUGUCUGGAAAGGAAUCCGAGAAGAAGACUUUAGUCCUCUCAAGAACGGGGAUUCUGCUGGUCAGGAUUGUCCGAGCACUGCUCGCAAUGACGUGCUUAAGCUUCAUAAGAAGUGGUUACUAAAUGCUGGAGCAACAAGUGUUACGGACGAUGUAGAGGUGUCCCCUUUAUUAUCGUACGCGGGAGAAAAUUUGAGCCACGUACGAGGGCAAUCGUUUAACGGACCUUACGUUCUGCAAUAAUGCACCUAAUUUCAUUCGGGAUUUUUUACAGGAAUGAGACUACGAUAUAUCCUUAUACAUACUCGUUAAAAAAAGUCCCCGAUUCGCUACGUGAAUACACGUUUAAUUUUUCUGUGAUUUAAUGAAAGAAUAUAGAUUUUAAGAACUUUUAACGAUUAUAUAGAAAUUUUAUACAAGUGAUAUAGAAGAAUAUACCUUCGUAAAGUAAAUAAUCUCAAAAUGAUAACAAUGAUCGGAUAAAUUUGUAAGAAUUCUUCGUAUUAUGUAUAAUAUAAAUCAGUAACGCGUUUAAUUGUAUUAUAAAUAUUGACAAUUUGUACAUGUAUAUGAAAAAAUGUAAAACAAAAUUCAUAUAUUUUGGCACAAUGCAUUUACAUAAAUUUUGUAUAGUUAUUGCAGUUGUAAUAAAAAAAAGGGAGGGUGUUUAAGACCAACGAAGAAAUUUAUAUUUAUUUGUAUGCAAUGCAUAGAAGUAAUAAAGUUACGAUAUAAUUUAUUAAA